ACUAAUUUUGAAAAUAAAAUAAAUUCACGCGGCCAGGGGAAUAUGCUAAAUAUAUAUAUAUAUAUAUUACAUACGCCAACACUUUUUUACAACUAAAUAGUAAACUUUACAUUUUUCCCUUUCUCAAUGAAGUAACUGAAUAAGGAGUGACCCGCGGGGGAGUGAUUUGACCGUGACUUUUCGCGGAGGAGAAAGCUGUUACCAACAAAGCAAUUGCUGCUGUGUCUACGGUGUUUAGCGGAUCACAACGGGGAUUUUUAAGAGCAUACAUUUACGUAUGUUGCCUCGGAAAUAAGUCACGCCGAUAAGAUGGACCUGAAACUACUUCUGAUUUCAACGUUGUUAGGAGUCAUUUGUUAUAGCAGUGCUCAGCAAGAAGGGAACGAGUGCAUCAAGGCUAAUGCCAAAUCCUGUGGGGAGUGUAUUCAAGUGGGAGCGAAAUGUGGCUGGUGCAUGGACCCAGAGUUCCUGAAGCAGGGUGAGGCCACAUCGACCCACUGUGACGAGCUGGAGUCCCUGAGGAAGAGAGGUUGCAGCUCCACCAAGGUAGAAAACCCCCGAGGCAGCCAGCGGCUCCUGAAGAACAAGGCUGUGACCAACCGCAACAAGGGAGAAGGGAAACUCCGACCAGAGGACAUCACACAGAUCCAGCCACAGAAACUCACCCUCAGCCUCAGAUCUGGUGAACCUCAGUCUUUUAACCUGAAGUUCAAACGUGCCGAGGAUUACCCCAUUGACCUCUACUACCUGAUGGACCUGUCCUACUCCAUGAAGGACGAUCUGGAAAACGUCAAGAACCUGGGAACACAUCUGAUGCUGGAGAUGUCAAAGAUCACAUCUGAUUUCAGAAUCGGUUUUGGUUCCUUUGUAGAGAAGACGGUGAUGCCUUACAUUAGCACCACCCCAGCCAAGCUGCUGAACCCCUGUACUGGGGACCAGAACUGCACCAGUCCCUUCAGCUACAAGAACGUUCUGAAGCUGACCAGCAAUGGACAGGAGUUCAACACCCUGGUGGGACAACAGCAGAUCUCUGGAAACCUGGACUCACCAGAGGGAGGCUUCGAUGCCAUCAUGCAAGUGGCUGUGUGUGGUGAGCACAUUGGCUGGAGGAACGUCACCCGUCUGCUGGUGUUCUCCACUGAUGCUGGCUUCCACUUUGCUGGAGACGGGAAACUGGGCGGGAUAGUUUUGCCCAACGAUGGGAAAUGCCACCUGGAGAACAACAUGUACACAAUGAGCCACUACUAUGACUAUCCCUCCAUCGCUCACCUGGUUCAGAAACUUAGCGACAACAACAUCCAGACGAUCUUUGCCAUCACAGAGGAGUUCCAGCCUGUUUACAUAGAGUUAAAGAAUCUCAUUCCUAAAUCUGCGGUGGGGACACUCUCUGCUAACUCCAGCAACGUUAUCAACCUCAUUAUUGAUGCCUACAAUUCUCUUUCCUCAGAGGUGAUUCUGGAGAACAGCAAGCUACCAGAGGGAGUGACCAUAAUGUACCAGUCACGCUGCAAGAACGGAGUGACUGGUGAGGGAGAGAUGGGAAGAAAAUGCUCCAAUAUCUCCAUCGGUGACGAGGUGUCUUUCACCAUAAGCAUCACAUCUAACCAGUGUCCUAAAAUGGGCAAACCAGAGACCAUCAAGAUCAAGCCCCUAGGGUUCAAUGAGGAGGUGGAGAUCACUCUGAACUUCAUCUGCGAGUGUGACUGUCACAAAGAUGGCAUUGAGAACAGUGAGAUCUGCCACAAUGGCAACGGGACAUAUGAAUGUGGAGCCUGCAGGUGCAAUGAGGGCCGUAUUGGUAGACAGUGUGAGUGCAGCACCAACGAGGUGACCAGCGAAGACCUGGAUAAGAGCUGCCGUAAAGACAACGGUACAGACAUCUGCAGCAACAACGGAGACUGUGUGUGUGGAACCUGUGAGUGUAAGAAGAGAGAGAACCCAGAGGAACGCUACAGCGGGAUGUUCUGCGAGUGUGACAACUUCAACUGUGACCGCGCCAACAACAAACUCUGUGGAGGACAUGGUCACUGUGAGUGCAGGGUGUGUAUUUGUGAUGCCAACUGGACAGGCAGUGCCUGUGACUGUUCUCUGGACACCACGACCUGCCUGGCUUCCAACAAGCAGAUCUGUAACGGACGAGGCACCUGUGAAUGUGGCACCUGCAAGUGUACUGACCCAAAGUUCCAGGGCCCCAGCUGUGAGAUCUGUCCUACCUGUCCAGGGGUCUGCGCAGAACACAAGGAGUGUGUUCAGUGCAGGGCCUUUGGGACGGGGGAGAAGAAGGACACGUGUGAGAGAGACUGUAGCUACUUCAACCUGAUCAAGGUGAAGGACAGGGACAAGCUGCCUCAGCCAGGACAGGCCUUCCCCCUGAUGCACUGUAAGGAGAGGGAUGCCAACGACUGCUGGUUCUACUACACCUACGCUGUCAACAACAAGACAGAGAAGGAGGUCCAUGUGGUUGAAACACUAGACUGCCCUGCGGGCCCUGACAUCAUCCCCAUCGUGGCUGGCGUGGUGGCGGGCAUCGUGCUGAUCGGCCUGGCUUUGCUUCUCAUCUGGAAGCUGCUCAUGAUCAUCCACGACAGGAGAGAGUUCGCCAAGUUUGAGAAGGAGAAGAUGAAUGCUAAAUGGGACACGGGCGAAAACCCUAUCUACAAGAGUGCUGUUACGACAGUGGUCAACCCCAAAUAUGAAGGCAAAUGAUGGAGCUUGAAAAACACUGUAUGCAAUUAUAGUUAUAGCGAAUCGAGGGUGAGAGGGAUAGUGGCAUGGGAGGGGGGAUUCAUUGUAUGUAUUUUGUCAUUUCUUCUUUUUUUUGCCUCAGUAUUAUAACAUUACAUUUGGCCAAUAGAUUUGGUAUGUUUACUAACAUUUUAUUUUCUAUGCAUUUUCUUUUAUAUUUUUAAAGUACAGUUAUGUGUAUAUACUUUUAAGAUUAUUUCAUUUCUUGAACCACUGUUUGAAAUUAAGGAUUUUGCCACAGGACUGGUAUGAGCAAAGGGUUUUACCUUUCAAAGACUAUAUAUGUACUCCAAAUGGCACUCUAUUCCCUUUAUAGUGCACUACUUUUGACGAUGGCCAAUGGGCUCUGAUCAAAAGUAGUUAACUACUGUAUAUAGGGAAUAGAGUGCCAUUUGGAAUGAAGAAAUCGAGUUUCAGACAGGACCUGAGGCUAAAACAUACCUUUUGCAUUGUGGUUAUAAAUAUUUUUUUCAGCCAAAGGGUACAGUAUAUAUGUAUCAAACACAUUGAUUUGUGUAUAAAAUAGUCAUCCAUUAAGCAGGAUUACAAGAAUCUGGAUUUAUCAUUGAGAGCAGUUUUUAAAUAUGAAUUUAUCACAUCAAUCACAUAAUUGUCAAUCAUAGAAAACCAUUGGUUGACUCUAACCUUGUCAUCAGAUAUCAUUUAUUGCGUGAAGAAGUGCUAUUACAUUGCUGUUUUAAAAGUGAUCAUUGCACUAUUGAAUUACACAAUCAAUUGACAUGUCUUUAUGUGACAAAAUUGGAAGUUUAAUUUAUUUUUAGUAUAAUAUUCUAUAAGAUUUCAGUAUUCAACCUCAGGUCAUUUUUUUCUGUGCUCAUUCCAAGCAAAGCCAAAUAUGGCUUCAUUGCAAAGCCUUCCCAUUGGGCACAGACGUCAAUUCAACAUUUAUUCCACAUUGGUUCUAUGUAAUUUCGAUGAAACGACGUGAAAACAACGUUGAUUCAACCAAUGUGUUUCACGUUGAUCAAUGUUAAAAAUGGUGACCUUUGUUCUGAAAUCACAGGACCUUUCAUCUGUAACAGUGUUUGUGUGAAAUCAGUAUUGAAGUAAAAGGCCUCUUGGAAUGUGUUUUUAAAAUACAAAAAAUCUCU